AUGCAACUAUUGUCAGCACAGUUGUUAACAUUUUUAACUUUCUGCGUAUUAGUUAAAUCUCAGAAUAUUAAUUUCAAUAGCGGACGAAGAUUUUCAAGCAAUUUUGAGCAAACAUUUAAUAAGCAAGCGUUAGGAUUUUCAAAUGAUCGAAAAAUAGAAAUUCAACCAUUAACAUAUAGAACAUUGAAAGGUGCCUUGUCUAUCAUUAAAGAAGUUUUUUUUGCCGAUGAAAGCUUAAGCAAAGGUUGUAGUGUAUCUUAUGAUCGCGGAGCCGCUGAAGAACUCGAGUCGUUAUGCACUAAUGUCGCUGCUGAUGGGCUUAGUGUCGUUGCAAUUGAUGUUAAUACAAGGGAAGUCGUCGGUGUUGUUUUAAAUAAAAUACUUACACGAUCGCCUAAAAAUAAAAAAAGCGGCCUUGAAGUAUUUGGCGAAAAUAGCAAGCAUAAAGCAUCGAAAUGCUUUGCAGAUGUGAACAUCAAUAUUGAGUCCAGAGUAGAUCUCUUCGAUUUAUACAAGGUCAAUUGUAUACUGGAAAUGACUUUUCUGACAGUAAAAAAAAAUCAACAGCGAAAAGGAAUCGCCGGAUUAUUAGUGUCAUCAUCAUUAAAAUUAGCCAGCGGAUUGAGAAGAGGAGUAGCCAAAAAAACUUCUGUUGAUUUUAACAGACCGUCAGUCAAUAAUGCUAAUGCUAUUCCAAGUCUUGUUUCAGGGACAUUUACAUCUACAUAUUCUCAAAAAAUAGGCGAUAAACUUGGUUUUGAUAAUAUUAUGGAAGUGAGUUACGAUGAUGUGAUAUUUAAUGGUCAAAAAUUGAGUACAAAACUAGAUAAUAUCCAGAAAUUUGCUCGAAUUGCUGCAAAAAGAGUUUAA